AUCCCCAUGAGGAAAAUAUAUUUACAAAAUAAGCAACAUAUUUACAUAAAAUAUAUAGAUAUAUAAAAAAACAGCAGUUUUGUACAUUAUAGAUAUAUUAACAUUAUUAUUUGCCAUAAUUCAUAUGUAAUAAAUAUAAACAUACAAAUGAACUAUUUCUGUAUGUACUACAAUGCCCAGUGAUACCAUUUACUAAAUAUGUGAUAAUUGCAUACAUGUACUAGUAAAUUGUAGGAAAAUGCAUGAUUGCCGUGUCUUAGAAGACUUCGGAAAAUCCUACGAAAUGAACUUGUCAAAAGAUAGAUAAAUAAGCAAUCUUUGUUAUAUCAAUCUGUAGAUCCUUAUUACCUCUUAUCUUGAAUUUCGAACGUUUCAAAUAUUUAUAAAAAAAGAACGAACAUUUUACAAAAACAUAUAAGAAACGUAUUAACAAUAUGUACAUUGUAACUAGAGACUACACAUUGAAACGCCAAGUUGUUAGUUUACGUCCGACUUCCUGAACAAACAUUGUAAUGUUACCCCGCCGAUAAAAUUAGAAGAGGGGUGUAGUAUAUGGAGUUUUCGGUCAGUCCGUCCUCAUCCGUCAGUUCGGACCAAUAUUCGAUGGUUUAUGUCCAUAAAAAGAAGUAAACAGCGUAAAAUGUAGUUUCACGUGAAAAUUUGCCACGCUCUGUGUAAGAAAAUGUCACACCAAAAUGUAAGGAAAAGCUCACAAACCCAAAAUUAUGUCCCUAUGGCCGGGAUCCGUAUCUUGAAAUUGGUUUGUUCAAUAUUUUUCAAAAUUGGCAUGCUAUGAAGAUCACCAUGUAACAAUAAUAUGAAUCCGGGGAUUUUAGUCAUCACUUAAAAAGGGCAUUUCACUACCAUUUUGAGAAUUUUAUAACUUGAAAAUGGCCUUUUUAUCUGUUACAAUAUGUACAGCUAACAUUGUCGUUUCUGACACUACCACUACUUUCACUGUCACUGUUACAGUAUAUACAGCUAACAUUACUGUCACUACCACUACUUUCACUGUCACUGUUACAGUAUCUACAGCUAACAUUACCGUCACUACCACUACUAUCACUGUCACUGUUACAGUAUCUACAGCUAACAUUACCGUCACUACCACUACUAUCACUGUCACUGUUACAGUAUCUACAGCUAACAUUACCGUCACUACCACUACUAUCACUGUCACUGUUACAGUAUCUACAGCUAACAUUACCGUCACUACCACUACUAUCACUGUCACUGUUACAGUAUCUACAGCUAACAUUACCGUCACUACCACUACUUUCACUGUCACUGUUACAGCCACUGUUACAGUAUCUACAGCUAACAUUACCGUCUCUACCACUACUAUCACUGUCAUUGUUACAGUAUCAACAGCUUACAUUACCGUCACUACCACUACUAUCACUGCCACUGUAACAGUAUCUACAGCUAACAUUACCGUCACUACCACUACUUUCACUGUCACUGUUACAGUGUCUACAGCUAACAUUACCGUCACUACCACUACUUUCACUGUCACUGUUUCAGUAUCUACAGCUAACAUUACCGUCACUACCACUACUUUCACUGUCACUGUUACAGUAUCUACAGCUUACAUUACAGUUACUACCACUACUUUCACUGUCACUGUUACAGUAUCUACAGCAAACAUUACCUUCACUACCACCACUGUCACUGUUAUAGUAUCUACAGCUAACAUUACUGUUACUACCACUACUAUCACUGUUACUGUAAUAGUGUCUACAGCUUACAUUACCUUCACUACCACUACUAUCACUGUCACUGUUAUAGUAUCUACAGCUAACAUUACUGUCACUACCACUACUAUCACUGUUACUGUAAUAGUGUCUACAGCUUACAUUACCGUCACUACCACUACUUUCACUGUCACUGUUACAGUAUCUACAGCAAACAUUACCUUCACUACCACCACUGUCACUGUUAUAGUAUCUACAGCUAACAUUACUGUCACUACCACUACUUUCACUGUCAUUGUAAUAGUGUCUACAGCUUACAUUACAGUUACUACCACUACUUUCACUGUCACUGUUAGAGUAUCUAAAGCUUACAUUACAGUUACUACCACUACUAUCACUGUUACUGUAAUAGUGUCUACAGCUUACAUUACAGUUACUACCACUACUUUCACUGUCACUGUUAGAGUAUCUAAAGCUUACAUUACCGUCACUACCACUACUAUCACUGUCACUGUUACAGUAUCUACAGCAAACAUUACUGUCACUACCACCACUGUCACUGUUAUAGUAUCUACAGCUAACAUUACUGUCACUACCACUACUUUCACUGUUACUGUAAUAGUGUCUACAGCUUACAUUACCGUCACUACCACUACCACCACUGUCACUGUUAUAGUAUCUACAGCUAACAUUACUGUUACUACCACUACUAUCACUGUUACUGUAAUAGUGUCUACAGCUUACAUUACAGUCACUACCACUACUUUCACUGUCACUGUUAUAGUAUCUACAGCAAACAUUACCGUCACUUCCACUACUUCCACUGUCACUGUUAGAGUAUCUAAAGCUUACAUUACAGUCACUACCACUACUAUCACUGUUACUUUUACAGUAUCUACAGCUAACAUUACAGUUACUACCACUACUUUCACUGUUACUGUAAUAGUGUCUACAGCUUACAUUACAGUUACUACCACUACCACCACUGUCACUGUUAUAGUAUCUACAGCUAACAUUACUGUCACUACCACUACUUUCACUGUUACUGUAAUAGUGUCUACAGCUUACAUUACCGUCACUUCCACUACUAUCACUGUCACUGUUAUAGUAUCUACAGCUUACAUUACUGUUACUACCACUACUAUCACUGUUACUGUAAUAGUGUCUACAGCUUACAUUACAGUUACUACCACUACUUUCACUGUCACUGUUAGAGUAUCUAAAGCUUACAUUACAGUCACUACCACUACUAUCACUGUUACUUUUACAGUAUCUACAGCUAACAUUACAGUUACUACCACUACUUUCACUGUUACUGUAAUAGUGUCUAUAGCUAACAUUACCGUCACUACCACUACUAUCACUGUUACUGUUACAGUAUCUACAGCUAACAUUACUGCCACUACCACUACUAUCACUAUCACUGUAAUAGUGUCUACAGCUUACAUUACAGUCAAUACCACUACUUUCACUGUCAUUGUUACAGUAUCUACAGCUUACAUUACAGUUACUACCACUACUUUCACUGUCACUGUUACAGUAUCUACAGCAAACAUUACUGUCACUACCACCACUGUCACUGUUACAGUAUCUACAGCUAACAUUACAGUCACUACCACUACUUUCACUGUCACUGUUACAGUAUCAACAGCUUACAUUACAGUUACUACCACUACUAUCACUGUCACUGUUAUAGUUAUCUCUACAGCUUUACAUUACCUUCACUACCACUACUGUCACUGUUACUGUAAUACAGUAUCUACAGCUAAUAUUACCGUCACUACCACUACUUUCACUGUCACUGUUAGAGUAUCUAAAGCUUACAUUACAGUCACUACCACUACUAUCACUGUCACUGUUAUAGUAUCUACAGCUAACAUUACUGUUACUACCACUACUAUCACUUGUUACUGUAAUAGUGUCUACAGCUUUACAUUACCGUCACUACCACUACUUUCACUGUCACUGUUACAUAUCACUGUCACUGUUACAGUGUCUACAGCUAACAUUACAGUUACUACCACUACUAUCACUGUCACUGUUACAGUUCUACAGCUAACAUUUACAGUUACUACCACUACUAUCACUGUCACUGUUACAGUGUCUACAGCUAACAUUAACGUCACUUCCACUACUAUCACUGUCACUGUUUACAGUAUCUACAGCUAA